GCCAUUUCAAGUUAAGUGCAGCUGUUGAAUCCCGUUUGUAUAAAAGUUUAUUAAAAAUUGCAAAUUAAGAGCAAAAGUGCUAAAUUUGAAAACAAAAAAUGUACUUAAUGUAACAUCAGUGUCUUUCUUGUUGUUUUGAAUAUUUUAAGAGCAGGCGCGGAGCGCUACAGUAAAGGGUUAUAUAGAGUGCGUGAAUACGUUGUUAACUUAUUUUAUCGCGAAUUAUUCUUAAAGACCGAUAUUGCUGCAAAUAAGUUUUGUUAAAAUUUUGUUUGAAGUGAUCUUCCAUCAAGCUCACAUUUAUACAAAUAUACUUGCAUUGCCUUUCGCUGCACUGACGCUACACAAUUUGCAGACGGUUAAAACAGUUUUUUGUUCCAAGUAAAUCGCUGCUGAGAACUAUCGCAAAAAAAAUGUCCUUCCUCUCACCAUCAUUGAGGUUAGAAAACCUCCCUAGCGAACCCAUCAUGACCCUCGACCAUAUACCAGAAGAGAAACGUUACAACAAAAAUAAUAUUGUGGCCAAAUGGUGUGCACCGAUCAAUGGCAAAAUGUAUCGUAUCGAGUUGGAGCAUGGCACCACCACUGGCAGGCGUAUGAUAUGGGUUAAUGGCAAGGAGGUUCUACGUCGCGAUUGGAUGUUCAAAUUGGUUGGUGAAGAUACAUUUUACAUCGACCAGGCACGUUGCAUAAUACGCGUAGACCCAGCGCCAGGUUUCCGUUAUGAAUACUCACUCUAUAUCGAUGGCAAGCCACACGAACAGUACACCGAUGAGCUAACAAAACAAUAUCGCCUGUGGUUGGUCAGCAUUGAGGAUAAUGAAUAUCGUAUAAUGUUGGAAUUGGAUACGGUGAAUUUGUUUGUGAACGAUCAGCUGAGAACCGAAACGGGCGAAUUCGUCGAUGGCGGCACAGAUACCAAGUUCACCGAGAAUGGCAAUGAAUUCAUUCUACAAGCGCGUUCGAGUGGAAAUAAAUUAGAUGGCCUCACACAUACACUCAUAGCGAAUGGCGAAGUGAUACCUGAGGCGAAGAUUUUAGAAGUUAUGCAAGAACCCUUUUCGAUUUUAUCAUCUACCUAAUGGAGGUGUGUGCUUGGUGCAUGAGCAUAUGAAAUGUGUACUUUUUUUGUAAAGACUGUUUGUGAAUAUUUUUGUUUUUUACUAUUAAGUAUAAAAAGUGAUAUGAAAGCAGAAAUAUAUAUAUAAAUAACGAUUA